AUGUCCGCCACGCCUGCCACAGCAUUUUCCCACGCCCACAAGGCUUACGUCAAGUCGCUGUACAGGCGCUACCUGGCCAACGAGCUGGACUGGUACAUCCGUCGUGAUGCCUGGCGCCAGCGUGCUAUGGAGAUUAGGGCAGAGUUCGAGCGCAACCGCAACGUGAGCGACCCCCGUGCUCUCGCCAUCAUCCUUGAGAAGGCCGAGGAGAACCUCCGCAAGAACCAGCACCCUGACCCCUACCACCCCCCCAUGUUCCCCGACGGCACCAAGUGGGAGCGCAACAUCCCUCCCAGGAUGUUCACCGAGGAGGAGGCGCACCACUAG